AUGGCUAAGGUUCGUGGACUUGCAGAACUUCAAACAACCGAAAUGACGAUCUCCGUGAAUGGACGAAGAAGGUUGACACCAUGUGUUCCAGAUGAGUACUUCGGUAAUGUAAUUCUCCCGGCAUUUCCUCAAUCUCCGGCAAAAAAACUCUUAGAUGAAUCCUUGAGCCACACGGCUGAGGUAAUUCAUGCAGCUAUUGCGAAGGUGAAUUCAGACUACUUCAAAUCUUUUAUAGACUUUGCAAACAACAACAUGCUGGAUGAGGAUUUGGUAUUAGAUCACGAGGGCUGGAAAGUCCCAACUUUGUGGCCCAAUUUGGAGAUCGAUAGCUGGCUUGGGUUCCCAUUCAACGCGGUGGAUUUCGGUUUCGGAAAGCCUUAUAUUUUCAUGCCAUCAUUUGGAGCUUGGGAGGGUGUGGUGUAUUUAGUUCCUUCAGUUGAUGGUGAUCAUGGAAGCAUAGAUGUCUACAUAACUUUGUUCAAACAACAUUUGAGUCUGUUCCAAGAAAUUUGUUUCUGUAUAGACUAG